CUUUGUCAAAGUAAGUAAAACCAGAAUAAAAUACUUGGAUUCGUCUUCAUGUUUAUAUAUUUUAAAGGUGAUGACUUGAUAAAUAAGGGCAUAGAUCAUUGGAUGAAAAAAAUUGAUAUUUCAAGAGGAUCCAAAAUAUCUAAUAUUUUGAAAAUUAAAUUAAGCUAUUCAUCCUCAAAUGCAUCAUUAAAUAGACAGUCAAAUCUUUAUUUAUUUGAUUUACAUUUGCUGGAAAACAAGACAAAAGAUGAACAUUACCAAAAUGGAAUUUAUUAUUCAUUUAUGAACAUACGUUCUAUUGUGGAAAGAGCUUUAACAAAGCCAGAUAUUGACAGAUCAGAAAAUAAUCAAAUUAUGACUAAUUAUUAUGUAUUAACUCAUUUAUUAGCUCCAUUUGCUUGUGGACAUCAUUAUCUCAUUAUUGUAGCCUAUAUUCAAGAAUGUCUUCAUACUUUUAGAGAAGAAAUCAUAAUGGUACUUGAUUUGAUUGAAUUAAUGAGAUCUAUCCCUAUUAUUUCACUCGUUAAUCCUAGCUAUAUAAGUGUUUGUAGGACUAAAUAUGAACAAGCACAAAAUGUACCUAUUUCUCUAUACGCACACACCAUAUGCUAAAUGUAAAUUACAUUAGUUAUUAUCCCAAAAUAAACAAGUUAUACAACAAUUACAAACAGAAAAU